AAAAAAAAAAAAAAAAAAACUUAAAGAAAUACAGUCAAAUGCUACAAAAGGAUGAAAAAAUAAACAUACAAACAAUAAUAAUUAAAACUUGUCAUAAUGCCAGACAUUUUUGCAAGCUGCCCACAAUUUAUAUAAAUUGUGUCGGGAUUUACUUCGUUCAACGCUCAUUUAGAAACCUUAUCAGUAAAACGAGACGUGUGAGGAAACAAUUUGUGUGUUUUAUGAAUCGUAAUUACACUCGCUUUGUAAUAAAAUGAACAAUGCAAAAUCUAAAGCUACAUUUCAAAGAGUUUAUGGUACUGUUUAGUUGAAGUAAAAUUUUAAUGAAAAUAAAAAUUCUGUUUUGGCAGUUAAACAAGCAACUAGUGGUGCAAAUCUUUGAACGCACAAAAAUGGGUGAUGAAUUUGAUGGUUGCGAGUGUGUUUGGUCGCACGAGUACGCAAUGCAGCGGCUAUUGGCGAUGAUACGGCAGAGCCAGAAUCAAUGCACGGAUACAGAAUGCGUUGAUAUAUCGGGUCGCAUGCGUGAUACCACUACAACUGGCACUGGAAAUGAGGAAAGUAACUUCACUAUGGUUACUAUGCUUAUGAUCUUUGCGGUGCUUAUGUAUUUGAUUCGGCCAGAAUCGAUAAUGAAAUUAACAAAUACAAAACGGCGUUCGCAGAGACAAGAUCCUAAUGGUGGCUUGCCACCACCACCGCCGCCACCGGCACCGCCUGCAGUCAAUUAAUAUUGGCGCUUCGUUUCCUGCGAACUGCAAAUACUACAUUUUUUGUCUAUCAACUGUAAUUCAAUACACAUAAGUUAACACCACCUAUUUUUUCCAAGUAUAAUUCUAAAUAAUUGUACCCUAAGGGGUUUCUGUCAUGCGAAUUUACAUUGCAGCCGUUUUAAAAUUAUUAAAAGAUGUUUAUAAUGGGCUCUAAAGAACUUAAAAACAAACAUUUGGAGUAAAUUAAAUUAUUGUGCAAUAAAAAUUUUAAAUUUUUAGGCAUGUUAAAGAUCACGCGAAGAAUAUAUCUAUAAAAUUUUUUAAAUAAUUUGAAAUUAUUCAAAAAAUAUUUAAACUUUUUCUGCAACUAUUACAAACCAUUCCAUACAAGGAUUUCUGAAAUGAAAAUUAGAAACACCAAAUUUGCUCGCAAAUCAAUAAGAAUAUAUUUGAUUGUGCGAGUGUUUGAAUAAUGUGAUUUAAUUGCGAAAAUUAUAUUGGGUCGCUCUUGGUGUAUCUUAGAAGCGUGAAUGAAUAUACGAGUAAAGUGUUCUUUGUGAAAAGCAUAAAAAAAAAAAUCUAAGACAAUU